UCGUCGCAGCAAGAGGUGGCGAACCGCGAGCGCACAUCCAUCCCCAUUUCCUUGGACGACGUGCAGAUUUUCGAGAAGGACGACCCGGCGUUUGUGACGCGCAUCGUGCGCAAUGCUCGUCGAUACAUCUCGCUCUUCUCGGACGCAGUGGACGAGAACCUGCCGCCGCCUACGAGGGACAUCUCCGACUCUCAAGACGUGCUGGAUGUGCUGCGGAUGUCGCGUGCCCAGGAGCUGGCACAGCAGCGGCAGACGGAGGACGGCCAGGCUGACGGACAAACGCCAGCCAAUGCCAAUGCUGCCAGCAUCUUUCCGCCGGCGUUGAUGCGGCGCUUUGAAGUGCAUUUGGUGCCUGGUGUCAAGCUGAAAGCGGUGCCGAUCCGAGAGGUGAAGGCCGCGAAAGUCGGUGCGCUCGUCCGCAUUAAGGGCAUGGUGACGCGCGUAUCUACUGUGAAGCCGCUAUUGACAGUGGCGACAUACACGUGCGAGGCGUGUGCGUAUGAAGUGUACCAGGAAGUGAAGGCGCGGCAGUUCAACCCGCUGACACAGUGCCCGAGUGAGCGCUGUCAGACCAACAAGGCGCAGGGUCGUUUGAUCAUGCAAACAAAGGCCUCCAAGUUCGACAAGUACCAGGAGGUCAAGUUCCAGGAGCUGCCGGAUCAAGUACCGAUGGGACAUAUUCCGCGCUCGCUGACUGUGUACCUGCGGGGCGAGCUCACGCGCACGUGUGAACCCGGCGCGCUGGUUACGAUAUGUGGUGUUUUCUUGCCCCUGCCGUACUCGGCGCAACGACAAAUGCAGAUGGGACUUGUCACGGAGACGUACCUCGAGGCGACUGAUGUGGUGAACCAUAAGAAGCGGUACUCUGCUAUGGAGUCGUCUGAAGCAAUGGAGAGCGCCGUGCUGCGGUUACAGGAAGGCGAUGAAAAUGUGUACGAAGUGCUGUCGCAGUCACUGGCACCGGAAAUUUAUGGUCAUGAAGACGUGAAGAAAGCUCUGUUGUUACUGCUCAUCGGUGGUGUUACCAAGCGCAUGGAUGAGGGUAUGAAGCUGCGUGGUGAUAUCAACGUGUUGCUGAUGGGAGAUCCUGGUGUGGCGAAGUCGCAGUUGCUGAAACAUAUUUCGACAGUGGCUCCGCGAGGUGUGUACACUACUGGUAAAGGUAGUUCCGGUGUCGGUUUGACCGCUGCGGUUGUGCGCGACGCUACAACGAAGGAGAUGACUCUGGAGGGAGGUGCGCUAGUGCUGGCAGAUAUGGGUAUCUGCUGUAUUGAUGAGUUCGAUAAGAUGGAGGAGGGCGAUCGUACGGCUAUCCACGAAGUCAUGGAGCAGCAAACUGUGAGUAUUGCUAAGGCAGGCAUUACGACGACACUCAAUGCGCGCACGUCUGUACUUGCAGCUGCAAACCCCAUCUUCGGUCGCUACAACAAGAAGCUCAGCGCCUCGCAAAACAUCAACCUGCCCAACGCGCUACUGUCCCGUUUCGACCUCCUUUUCCUCUUGCUGGACAUCGCCAACUACGAAAAGGACGAGGCGCUUGCACGCCACGUCACUUUCGUUCACCGCCAUUGCCGCAACCCGGACAUGAAGUUCGAGCCCGUGCGCCCAGAAGUGCUGCGGUAUUUUAUCGCCAUCGCCAAGCAGUACCAGCCCAGCAUCCCCGAGCACCUCUGCGGCUAUAUCGUCGAGGCCUACGUCACUCUGCGGCAGCAGGAUGCCAAUGAGCAUGCCCGUGAGCGACAGAAGCAGCAGUUCCGUCAGCAGCAGUAUGGCGACGGAGGGGCCAACGAUGCACAGACUGCUAUGACGGCUCGCCAGUUGCUGAGUAUUUUGCGUCUCUCUCAGGCACUCGCCCGACUGCGCUUCUCCACGGAAGUGAUCCACCAGGAUGUCGACGAGGCUAUCCGACUAGUAUAUGUGUCCAAGGCGUCGCUGACAGAGCAGGACGAUGCCAACGGUGGCGGCAACAGUGGAAAGGCAGGUACAGCAAACAACGGCGGCCGUGGUAGGUCUACGGAUGCCACGUCCAAGAUUUUCCGCCUGCUCCUCGAGUUUGCCAACGAUCGCAACCUAAAGGUUCUCGCUAUGAGCGACUUGGAGCCUGUGGUACUGCGUAAGGGUUUCACGUCUCAACAGCUCCACGCGUGUAUCGCGUUUUACCAAGACUUGGAGAUCAUGCAGUUGUCGAGCAACGGCACUCGUCUCACUCUCAUCCAGUAG